AUGGCGCCCUCUGUCGUUCCGCAGUCCGCGGCGGGUGGUGCCGCUUUGCAGGCUUCCGCCGACGAUCAGCUCACAAUCGAGAUGCUCGGCGCAGGCCAAGAGGUCGGUCGCUCCUGCUGCGUCCUCAAGUAUAGGGGCAAGACCAUCGUCUGUGACACGGGCGUUCAUCCUGCCUUCACCGGAAUUGCUGCACUUCCCUUCAUUGACGAACUUGACUGGUCGACUGUCGAUGCCAUUCUCAUCACACACUUCCAUCUUGACCAUGCCGCCGCUCUCACCUACAUCAUGGAAAAGACCAAUUUCCGCGACGGCCACGGCAAAGUCUACAUGACGCAUCCCACCAAAGCCGUCUACCGCUUCCUUAUGUCUGACUUUGUUCGGAUCAGUAAUGCGGGCAACGACGACAACCUGUUUGACGAAAACGAGAUGCUGGCUUCGUGGCGCCAGAUCGAGGCUGUUGAUUUUCACCAGGACGUCUCGAUCGCCGGUGGUCUCCGCUUCACCUCCUAUCAUGCAGGCCACGUUCUGGGUGCAUGCAUGUUCCUCAUCGAGAUCGCAGGCCUUCGCAUCCUGUACACGGGCGACUUUAGCCGCGAGGAGGAUCGGCACCUCGUCCAAGCUGAAAUCCCGCCCGUCAAGCCCGACGUUCUCAUCUGCGAAUCCACCUAUGGUACACAGACCCACGAACCACGCCUCGACAAGGAGCAUAGAUUCACCUCCCAGAUCCACCACAUCAUCAAGCGAGGAGGCCGUGUUCUCUUGCCUGUCUUUGUGCUUGGCAGAGCUCAAGAGCUGCUCCUGCUUUUGGACGAGUACUGGGCUGCCCACCCUGAGCUGCACAGCGUACCCAUCUACUAUGCAUCUGCUCUCGCCAAAAAGUGCAUCUCGGUCUAUCAAACCUACAUUCACACUAUGAACGAUCAUAUCCGCACUCGAUUCAAUCGCCGCGACAACCCUUUUGUCUUUAAGCAUAUCUCUAACCUGCGGUCGCUCGAAAAGUUCGAGGACCGCGGCCCUUGCGUCAUGAUGGCCUCUCCCGGUUUCAUGCAGUCUGGUGUAUCGCGCGAGCUUCUCGAGAGAUGGGCCCCCGACAAGCGCAAUGGUCUCAUCGUAUCAGGAUACUCGGUAGAAGGUACCAUGGCGCGCAAUAUUCUCAACGAGCCCGACGAGAUCAUCGGUAUCAACGGCCAAAAGAUCCCACGCCGUAUGUCGGUCGACUACAUUUCCUUCUCCGCGCAUGUCGACUUUGCCCAAAACUCGCGCUUCAUUGACGAGAUCAAAGCGCAACAUAUCGUGCUUGUUCAUGGAGAGCAGAACAAUAUGUCCAAGCUUCGAGCCGCCUUGCAAGCGCGCUUCACAGCCCGCGGCUCGGACGUCAAAAUCCACACACCACGUAACUGCGAGCCGCUUGUUCUCCAGUUCCGGGCACAACGCACUGCCAAGGCGAUCGGCACCAUUGCAGCUAAACCGCCUGCCCAAGGCGACAUUGUUGAUGGCCUGCUCAUCAGCAAGGACUUCGCCUACACCAUCCUCGACCCCAAGGAUCUGACCGAUUUCACCGGCCUCUCGACGAGCACGAUCGUUCAGCGCCAGAGAGUGGCUCUUGCCGUGAGCUGGGAAAUGGUGCGCUGGCACUUGCAGGGCAUGUACGGACGACUCCAGGAAGGCGUUGAUGCAGAAGAAGGCUUGCGUACGCUGCGCAUCAUGGGUGCAGUAGAUGUACGACAGAGCGCACGCCACGAAUUGCUCGUAGAAUGGGUUAGCAGCAUCGCCAAUGACAUGGUCGCAGACAGUAUUGUAGCGCUCCUCCUUGGCAUUGAUAGUGCACCUUCGAGCGUCAAGAUGACCAUGCACAACCACCAUCACCAUCAUCAUCAUCAUCAUCAUCACCACCCAGGCGAUGCAAAGGCAGAAGAAACGGACGAUGACGCAGAAGCGACAACAGAAGACGAAGAGGCGCGGACACCGACCGAAAGCGCGGCGAAUUUGCCUAUGCAUCCGUUCUCGGAGGCGGCAUUGGUGGCAGAGAGCGAGGUGAGAGCCAAGGCUGCGACGGACGAGGCGGUGCAUCGCGACGCUUAUCAGCUCGCCAAAAUGGAGCACAUGGCUGCAUUCCUCGAGGCGCAUUUCGGUCAAGUCGAGGAGCUGGUUAUUCCCGAAGCACCGAUCAGCGAAGAGAUUGAAGAAUCGGUGCCCAAGGUCAAGGUCGAAACCGAAAGAGAAGCCGAAAAGGACGAAGCAGGGGACGAAAGCAUGUCAACGUUGCAGCCGGAGCCAGACUCUGUCACAGACGUCGACAAGCCCGAGCUCGCCCCGCCAGCAGAACAAGCCACUGCCUCACCUCCGAUCUCGAUCGCCUCCCUUUUCGACGGAGAAGCACGUUCAGCACUGCGAGUCUUUCUUGACGAGGCAGAAGCCGUGAUUGACGUCGAGAACCUCGUCAUCCUCGCUUCCUCUGAGUCAUUCCGCGCACGUGUCCAGCACCUGUGCACGCUGGCAUUGCGAUCCUUCACCUCACUAUCGGAUGCUUUCUACCUUCCUCAGCAGAUGGGCACCUCUCUGUUCCAGGGUAAACAUAGCCAGCUAGCGACCAUCCCCGAAUUUGGCGAAGAGAGACCAUCAAAGAUGGUUCGUUCUUCAUGA